UACUGAUUGCAGAUAAUCGCGAGUCACAAUUUCCCCCUUUUGGGUCGAGCAUGUUUGAAAGUUUGACCCACCUUAAUGAGUUUGUGAUUCGUAGAUUUGGACCUCUAACCUCUAAAAAAAACCGUUUAGUCACCAAUUCCUUUUCAUUCUUUUCGCCGAGAUUUACGUAAAGAAACAUUUUCGUGACAUCAUUUUCUUAACACUGCCCGUUAUAACAAUAUUUGCGCCUCGUACGUGCAAGGAUUUCACACUCUGAGGACGCCUUCGACUACACGCUCCGUGCCUGUUUUAUCUAUCGAUAACUUCCCAUGGUUUUGCUUUCGUUUUUAUGCAGAUUCAUCACUGACUACCACUCUUGUCUGCAGACCAUUGUAUUUCAACUUUCCCCACUUCUUAUGACCAGUCCUUGGCUCCUCGGACUUCUACAGCAUUCUGGUAUAAAAGUCGGGCACGGGCAUGGUUCAGAAGACAGAACACUAACAACCGCUGUUGACUAACAGUUUAACUUCUCGCAGUUAUGUGACUGGUGCUGAAUUUCGUGUUUUAAGUUUCAUUUUUAAAAUUGCUUUACUCUCAAUCUGAUCAUGAAGAUUAUAUUAAUACUGGUCGUUCUGACGACGUGUUUGAUUACCGCGUCACUUGGAGCACCACAGAUCUUCCCGUUCUCAAAUCUACGAAGUUACUUCGACCAUCAGUCAAAGAAUGGUCCUGGUAGUGACAAAGCCGCUGUAGUUCCUCAAACUACAUCGGCCGUAGACUCCUUAUUCCGUCGGCCUUCCAAUAUCGGUGAUAUUCAGGUGAAAACUGUACCUUCAUCAUCGGCAACGAAGUAUCCCAAGGAACAACUACAAACAAACCACAAGCCAGAUAUUUCGCCGAGUCUGGAGCCUCCUGCAAGCGCCGAAGCCUCCCCUGUUCUUAAAUAUCAUCCUCCAAUACCAGAACAGGUACUAAAAGCUCCAGAUACAAAACCUCCUAUCCUGUAUGGGCCAUUAACAGAACAGGAUAAGACAAACGAGAAUUAUCAGACCCCAGCCGUCAUCUCACAGAUCCCUAUAAACGUCGUUGGAGAAAAGAAGUAUAAACUAUUUGGCGGGUUUGUACCUUUGACACCUUCACAGGCACUCACAAGCCCACCAGCAGCGUCUGAAUAUAAACCUACUGUACCAUAUUUAUCAGGAGUUCCACCAUCGCAGGACCUGGGAACUCCGACCGCAUCCUAUAAAUACCCUGAAAAAUACUCGACUCAAAAAGAACAAGACGACAUUGAAGCGUCUAAACAAAGUCCUGUGAAAAUUACGAAGGCUUCAAAUCAUUUAUAUCCAAAGAAAUGGCGACCAGAGAAAGAUAAGUCGAAGCCCACUGCCAAAAAGAACAGUCCUAAGACCGACUUUGGCAAAUUAAAUAACCUUGACAGCGAUUCUAAACAGCCGAAGAAGGACUGGGCAUUAGUACGAGAGCCUCAGAAGAUACCUGCUGCAUUACAAGCAGCCAGCAGUUUUCAGAAGGCCGACGUGGCCUUUUUCCCAACACAAGCAAAACGAAAGGUUCCGGGAAUAGACGAGCAGAUCACAUCAGAGACUGGAUUCUCUGGUAUUACUGCUGGCGUCGGUGGAUAUGCUGAUGGUGGUGGCGGAGGGGACAGAGUUGAGUUCCAGAUGCACGGGCAACAAGGCCCCCACUCCUACAAGUUCGGUUAUGACACAGGAAAAGG